AUGUCCCCACAAGAGGCCGAAAUGCAGCUGGAAGCGUUGGCCCUGGACGGAUGGAGCUCGAGCAUCGUGACAAACUUAGAAAACGCCCAGUGGACGGAGCGCAAAGCUGGCUUUGAGGCGCCGGAAGAAGUGUUCAGGCUCGUGUCGUCGUGUACGGAGACGGUGCGUCCCAUGUUCCUGGCGCUGGCCGAGCUCGUCGGACUGGAGUCCGUUUUGACCGCGAUCGUUCGGCACAAGUCUGUGAUCAAGACGACCCUGGCGCAGUUCGAGUGCCUCGAGUUCGUGUGCGUGUGCGUCGGCGACUUUGGCGUGUCCUCGUGCACCCCAGCAGUGUCAUCGAGUACGUUAAGGGGCCGUUCGGCAAGGCGUCGAGCAACUCCGAGACCCGCAUGUCGGAUGUCGGCCAACGCCGUCUUCGGCACGUUGUACGACCAACUGGGGGACGCCAUGCGGCCGCUGCUGAACCUGGAGGGGUGGAAGCCAUCGCCCAAGGACAGCGUUGUGGCCGUGUUCGAGGGCGUGGGGUUCAGCCCAAUCGUUUGCGGGGUCUCGGGUGGCCAAGACGGAUGUGGAGGGAGGAGGGGGUGCUGCGUCAUCUGGGGUGCUGCGUCAUCUGGGACGCUGUUUGGCCUUGUGGACGUUAGCGCCCAGAACACAAAGGAGUUGCUGGUGGACAUGGCCAACGAAGGCGACAAGCGGAUCUGCGACGAAGCGGGCUUGUCAAUCGAGGGGGUGGUGGACCUCACCAAGUCACUCAAGGCGCGCCUGAGUGACUCGAACGCCAACUUGAAGACCAAGGCUGUGCAGGUGAUAGGGGUUGUGGCCGCCAGUGUGAGGCCGUCUGUGGCCAAACUAGCCAAGCUCGUGGGCUCCAACCCCGUGGUGUGUCUCGACUCGUUGCUGCCGUUCGUGGCUAUGGCGCUCAAGAACCCCGGUGGCCGCGCCGAGUUGCUCGGGUGGACCGUCGAGAUGACGCAGAUGAUUGGUAGUAAGGUGGAUAUACGCAGCUUUGUCGAAAACACGAUCGACGCGCUGUCGGACAAGUCGGCGGGCGCGUGCGACAAGAUGCUCCUGGUCGAGGUGUUCAAGAGCGUGGGAAGGGACACGGUUCACACCGGGUGCCGAGGUAUGGUGCCGGCCAAGAUGCGUGCGGUCAAUCCGAUGAUUGCUCGCGCGACAGCCACCGCGUUUUGGAAUCUCUCGUCAAAAAUGCUGUCCGAGGCGGAUGCAUGGCAGCGCCAUCCCCCCAAGCAAACUGCUUGUCCCGCCCGUUUACUGCCAAACCCACAUCACCAAAACAACAGCAUACACCAUUGGACCAACCAGCACGGGAGCCGCCAUCGAUCCACCCACAACGAGCCCCCCCAUCAGACUCCUCUUCCGUCGUCGCCAGCGGGGAACCAAGGGUUGAAGCCACCUCUGACAGGCCCCGUGGUCACUGCCAAUGCCCCCAACAUUCCCGUGUCGUCGCCCAAGGACCCGUGGACGCUGUUGUUUCGGGUGCUGCUAGAGGCAGGUGCGGAAUUCUUGGAACCGCGCCUCGGCGGCAAGCACAUCAUGAUGACGACGACCGCGUUGCGAAUUGGUGAGGUGUAUCCGGCCAUGCUCCACGUGCUCGAGCGCAUCGUCAGUGGCAAGAUGGGCGAGUACCAGAAGCAUGAUGCGGAUAACAAGAUCGCAGGCCAGCCGAAGCUGGGGCUGUUGCUUGCCAAGUUACUCGUCAAAACCACGGGGCGGGAGCUGACGCUGCCGACGCCAUUUGUCCAUCGUCACAUUGUGGGUGCCGAUGCCUUUGGCGACAUGGUUAAGAACCAUCCUGAAAAGAACUAUGUGCAAGUGCAUGUUCCGGAGCUCGCGGCUCACCUUCCCACGGGGGUAUGCUGUCCUGAUGGGUUUGCCACCACGCACUACUUCAUCCAAAUGCUGGUGGGGCACACAAACGAAGACUUCGUCGUAAAGUAG